AUUCCAAAUGUUUCACAGCUAUUGCAUUGAAUAUUAACGUUGUAUGAUACUUGGGUUUUUCUAAUGUAAAUAUUAAACGGUUGAUAAGUAAAUUCGUCGCAAUAAUAUGAUAAUGUGCAAAUUCAUUCUCUGAUUUUGAAGCAAUUGAUCUAGUUAAUAAUCUAAUAAUAUUUAUAAUUACACAACAUUAAGUUCAACUCUAGUAUCUCAGACUAUAAACAAUAUUUGUUUAGAAACAUUUUUAUAUUAAAUUUAUUUACUGAUGAAACUAGUGAGCACUGUGUUCAAGCAUUUCUCAAAAUACAUGAAAAUGUCUGAAAUAAAUCAGAAAUUUGUAUUACCACAAAGAUAUACUGGAUCCGAACCUAGCGUUUGGACAGAAUAUAUUCAAUUGGCGUUAGAUUAUAAACCUCUCAAUUUAGGUCAAGGAUUUCCAGAUGAAUUCCCUCCAAAAUACGUAACAGAUACGUUAGUAGAAGUAGCAAAAGAUAGAUCCGAUUAUACGAUACAUCAAUACGCUAGAGGAUUCGGACACCCUAGACUGAUAAAAGCACUAGCGAAAUUGUACUCAAAGUUAAUUGGAAGACAAAUUAAUGAGAGAACUGAAAUUUUAGUAUGUAUCGGAGGUUACGAAGCUCUAUUUUCCGCAAUUUCCGGUCACACAGAUGUUGGAGAUGAAGUUAUUGUUAUUGAGCCGUAUUUUGAUUGCUAUGAACCAAUGAUAAAAUAUGCCGGGGGCAUACCACGAUUCAUUCCACUGCGACCGAAAGAAGUAAGCGGAAGGCUCCUUUCAUCAGCAGAUUGGGUUUUGAAUAAAGAGGAAUUGGAAAGUCUUUUUAAUGAAAAGACUAAAAUGAUUAUAGUUAAUUCACCAAAUAAUCCACUCGGGAAAGUAUUUUCAAUGGAGGAAUUAACUUUUAUCGCUGAUUUGUGUAAAAAGUGGAACGUACUAUGUCUUUCCGACGAAGUUUACGAAUGGAUGGUAUUCAAGCCUCAUAAACACAUACGAAUAGCAACUUUACCUGGAAUGUGGGAGAGAACGAUAACAAUUGGUUCUGGUGGUAAAACAUUUAGUGUGACUGGAUGGAAAGUUGGUUGGGUUUACUGCCCAGAAAAUUUAAUGAAAAAUUUACACAUCGUUCAUCAAAAUAGCGUUUACACCGGCGUUACACCUGUACAGGUAGCCACAGCUAUAGCUUUCGAAAUCGAAAUGGAAAGAAUGGAAAGUGAUGAUUGUUAUUUUGUUUCCUUAGCCAGAGAAUUAGAAGCGAAAAGAGAUUACAUGGUUAACUUUUUGGUGGAUAUUGGAAUGAAGCCGACAAUUCCUGAUGCAGGUUAUUUUAUGUUAGCCGAUUGGUCAGCACUUGAAAGUAAAGUAGAUAUGAACUCAGAAAACGACAAAUAUAACGAUUUCCGUUUUACAAAGUGGAUGACAAAAAACGUAGGUCUACAGGGAAUACCUCCAUCAGCGUUCUUCAGUAGCCCCAAUAAAUAUUUAGCGGAACAUUGUGUGAGAUAUUGUUAUAUGAAGAAAACUGAGACAUUGAAGCAAGCAGAAGACAUUUUGAAACAAUGGAAAGCUACUGCAAAAUGAAAUGAUUGUAAUAAAAGUCAAUAAACAUUAAUUGUUUCAAA